AUGGGCAGCCUGGCGACCGAGGCCGCGUUUACCCCGCCUGCGAAGCAGACGGCCAUGACGGUAAACGAUCACGAUGAGGUGGUCAUCUGGGACGACGCGCCGUGCCCCAAGCUGCCCGCGGACCAGGUCUACGUCCGCGUCGACGCCGUCGCGCUCAACCCCAGCGACACCAAGAUGCGAGGCGCCUUCGCCACGCCGUGGGCCUUCCUGGGCACCGACUACUGCGGGACGGUGGUCGCGGUGGGGUCCGGCGUCACGCACGUCAGGGUCGGCGACAGGGUCUACGGCGCGCAGAACGAGAUGUGUCCUCGCACGCCCGACCAGGGGGCCUUUGCCCAGUACACCAUCACGCGUGGGGGCAUCUGGGCCAAGGUGCCCGACAGCUGGGCCACGGAAGCAGCCGCCGCCCUGCCUGCCGGCAUCAGCACGGCCGGCCUAGCCUUGAAGCUUCUUGGCAUCCCAUUGCCGCACACUAGUGAUGAUGCCAAGCCCGUCAAGACGACGUACGUCCUCGUGUACGGCGGGAGCACCGCCACGGCCACCAUCACGAUGCAGUUCCUGAGAGAGUCCGGAUAUGUUCCCAUCGCCGUUUGCUCACCUCACAACUUCGAUCUGGCCAGGAGGAACGGUGCCGAAGAGGUGUUUGACUACCACGACGCACAAUGUGCCGAAACUAUUCGUGCCUUCACAAAAAACAACCUCCGGUAUGCGCUGGACUGCAUCACAAACGUCGAGUCCACGACGGCCUGCUUCAAGGCAAUCGGCCGCGCCGGUGGGCGCUACGUCUCUCUCAACCCCUUCCCCGAGCACGCGGCCACGCGGAAGAUGGUGACGACCGACUGGACCCUCGGCCCGACCAUUUUCGGAGAGGGCUCGACCUGGCCUGCGCCCUACGGCCGUGAGGGCUCCGACGAGGAGCGCGAGUUUGGAGCCCUGCUCUGGCGCGUCGCCGGAAGGCUCGUCGAGGAGGGCAAGCUACGUCACCAUCCCUUGCGUGUGAUACACGGAGGGUUCGAGCAGGUGAAGCAAUCGAUGGAGGUUGUCAGGGCCGGCGAGCUUUCGGGAGAGAAGAUUGUCGUUGUGUUUGAGCGUUAG